AAAAAACUUUAGACGACUUUUGUGAUUCUUUGAAAAAAAGAAAAUUAAGCAUUGAAUGAGCUUAUAGAGAAAAAUUAAAGAUCACGAAAAAUGUUGGAAGCAAUUCAAGAUACGGAAACUGAAUUUAGUCCAGAUAAAGUGAAGAAAUCAUGGAAAGCAAAAAUCGAGAAUAAGACAUUGGACUCGUCAGACGUAAUUAGUUAUUUUAAAAUAUCAGCUCCAUUCUUCCUGAAUGUUUCAAGGAAGGACAAUGUCAGCGAUAUAGGUGGCUGCACAUUUGAUGAAGAUGGUGCAAAAACUGCCAUUAUAGAUAUCGUUCAAGAAAUUAUUCUUGGCAAUAAAUGGGAAGACACACUCGAUAAAUUAAAAACCGGCAAUAAUGUAUCAGCUGUUUGUGGUAACAUCUUCAAAAAUGGUGAACCAACAUACAGCUGUCGUGAAUGUUCAGUCGAUCCUACUUGUGUCCUCUGUGCAUCAUGCUUCAAGAAAUCUUCACACCGGACUCACAAAUAUAAAAUGUCAACGUCAUUUGGUGGUGGAGUUUGCGAUUGUGGCGAUCGAGAGGCAUGGAAAAAAGACUACUUUUGUGAAGAUCAUGCACCUGCAGAACCAACAGAAGUAGAUUAUUUAAUCACAGAUGAUAUCAAGGAAAUUUGUCGGAUUGUUUUUCAUGCAAUAUUAGUUUAUUGCGUGAGUAUGCUUCAAAUUGAUUCAGACACAAGUUUUCCGGACAUUGAUAGCGAGAAAGGUCAAACAGAAGACAUGUUCUGCACACUACUGUAUAAUGACGAAACACACACAUUCGAUCAAGUCAUUAAUACUUUAACAAGUAUCGUAAAAUGCGAACAAAAGGAAGCAGUAGAGUAUGUGACGAGCAUUGACCGUGAUGGACGCUCAGUAGUAAAAUGUGCAACAUUCAAUGCAUGUAUGAAACUAAAGAAUGAAAUCGAAAAGAAAGGUGCAAGACCGACACUUUCGAAUUCAAAAUUGCAGCCGCUCAAGGUCGCAAUUUUUCACAAAGACACUGUUGCUUGUCAAACAUUUGCCCUUCAACUCCUCCAUUGGUUUCAAGACUUUCUUGGAUGCAGUGCAAAAUUCAGAGCAGUGUUUUGCGAGAUCAUAUUGAAGGCACCGUCAAGCAGCAACUAUAAUUUACGACAAAUCCUUUUGUACGAUAUAAAGUUAUGGAAAACAGCAAGAAGUGCAUGGCAUAGAUUAAUAAUUUCAGGCAUGCUUAUGGAAUAUGAGAAUAAGAAAGAGUUGGCUAUAGGCUUUACAAAAGUUUAUACGAAUAUAAUGCAAGAUUUCUUGCGUGAUGAUCACUACCACAGUUUUUCUGUUGUUUCAAUGAGCGUUCAACUGUUUACGGUUCCAACAAUUGCACAUCAUUUGAUUUCUCAAGAAUCCGCAUUUUUCAAAUUGAUGCACACUUAUUACGCAGAAUGUAUUGAAAAGUACGUAAAGAAUAAAACUUUAGUGUUUCCGAAAAAUGCAUCGGCAUUAUUUAACAAGCGAGCACAUUACAUCCUCACCGAUCUUCGAUAUUUGUUGACUUUUAAGCCUGAAAUAUGGACACAAGAAUUACGUCUUGGAUUCUUGCAUGGAAUUCAAAUGGUUCUUCGUUUAUUGAAAUGUAUGCAAGGAAUGGACACAGUGACUCGACAAAUUGGACAGCACAUGGAAUAUGAGCCAGAAUGGGAGAGUGCCUUUACUCUUCACAUUAAAUUAUCCUCAUUGAUCACAUCAAUCAUUGAAUGGUGUGGUACUGAUAAAGUGAUAUUAAUUAAAGUUUAUAGAAUGGUCCUCUCAGCACUAAAUGAGACAAAGUUUAUUAUCAACGAAGCAUAUCCGGAAGUAAAAGAAUUGGCUGAUCACUCGGCUAGCUGUCUAAUGUAUGACGUUGCAUUAAAACCUGUUUCAAUCCACUUGCCAUUAACACGUCUACUAGCUGGUCUUUAUAUUCAUCUACAGAAAUUUAACUUAACAUUUGAUAAUGUCUCGACAACAAACGAUAAGCCAACAGCUGCACAAAUAAUAGAACCCGUUUUAUGUACUAGAACGAUGAUUUCCGAAGUUUAUGCAGGAAUGUGGCGUAGAAAUGGAUAUUCAUUGUUAAAUCAAUUGUAUUUCUAUCGUAACGUUAAAUGUCGUAGUGAAAUGUUAGAUCGUGAUGUUAUUAUCCUUCAAAUGGGUGCAUCCUUAAUUGAAUCGAAUGAAUUUUUAAUUCAUGUCAUGAACAAAUUUACUCUACUUCAAUGGACCGAAAAAGAUUAUAAGCCUGUUUUAAUUGAAGAAGAUACAAAUCGUCAAAUCGUUAAUAUGAUUGAUGAGUUCCUUGAACUUCUUCUUGUCACAAUUGGCGAACGGUUUAUGGUCGGUGUAGGACAAAUUACAGAAGAUGAUCGAAUUAAGAAGGAAAUUAUUCAGCAACUUUGCAUUAAGCCACUAUCACAUUCAGAAAUCAACAAGGCAUUAAAUGAUGAGCAUUGUGCUGGUCAUGAAUGUGACAUUGAGCCAGUAAUUCAUGAAAUUGCUGUCUUUGAACGACCUCAAACUUCUGAUAAGAAAGGAGUUUAUAAAUUAAAGGAAGAGUACUAUAAUGAAUAUAACAUGUACUUCUAUCAUUAUACACGCGAAGAGAAAUCCAAAUCUGAGCAGGUUCAAUUAGAGCGCAACAAAACCAAGAAUGGAUAUAAUUGCUGCCCACCUCCAAAACUGCCUCUCUUGGCUGAACCAUUCACAAUGAUUGCCAAUUUAUUACAAUCUGAUGUCAUGUUACUCAUCAUGCAAACUGUCUUGCGUCAUUCAGCUGAUCUCAAUUGUCAGACAUUUUCCGAAGGCCAUUUACAAAAGGUUCUUCAUUUAAUUGGCUAUGGAAUACAGGAAGAGGAAAGCGAUAAUUAUCCAUUCUUGCAAUUUUUAGAGCGCUCAUCAAAGUGGAAUUUGUUGCAAAUGAUGGAAGAAUUAAAGUCUAAUCCAAGAGUUGAGUCUCAACGCGAUUUCCUCCUUUGGACAAUUAAGAAAUACAAAGAUCAACAAACAAAGAAUAAUUCUCAUAAUGAGCAGCAAGAUCCAGUCGCUUCACCGAUUCCAGAUGACGAUAAUGAUGCACAAAUGGAGAAUGAACAGGCAAUGAAAGAACGUCGUUCAAAAAUGGCAGCUCAACGACGAGAACAACUUUUGGCACAGAUGGCAAAAGCACAAAAAAGUUUCAUUACAUCACACGCUGAACAUUUUAAGGAUGAUGUAAGGGCAGAAGAUGAUACAAGUAUGGAAUGGCAAUCGUCAUUUGAGGAACAACGAAGAGUUGCAUGUAUUGGUAAUGAUCGAAAGAUUGUCCAUAAUGAUGCAGAGACAUCAACUUGUAUUUUAUGCUCGGAAGAAUCUACCAAUAAUAGUUUAUGCAUGGUUUAUCCUGCAUUCAUACAAAAGUCAAAUGUUCUAGGUCAUCAUCAUGUGCCAACUAAUGAAGAAAUCAUUAAUCCAGAUGCUGAAAUUAAAGCAUCUCCAUACAUUAAUUCUUGUGGACAUGAGAUGCAUGUUACAUGCUGGCAAGAUUAUUUUGCAAAUGAAAUGCAGAAAGAAAAUCGACGUCCGUUUAGGACUAGAAAUCCAAGCAUUUUUAAUAUCGAUAAGAAGCAAUUUUUAUGUCCACUUUGUCGUUUCUUAUCCAAUGCUGUUUUGCCAAUAAUUCCACCAUUAACAAGCUUAAAUGACAACAAGGCUAAAAAUGUUACAGAUUUAAUGAAUUUCGAUUUGUGGUAUCAAUUAAUGAACAAUUAUGUCAACUCGUUACAUUUUAUUGGAAAUGAUAUGAACAUUUUUAAGCCUGGCUCUCUUAUCAAAGAGGAAAUGCAAAGGAAUUAUCAAGAAUGUGUUGUUGGAUUCCUAAAAGAGCAUUGUAAUUUUGAAGAAAAUACAGCAGAGCCACAAAUAGCUCUUAAUCCAGACAUAAAUAAAUUCUCAAAAGAGUUUAUGACAUCAGUAAAGAAGAUAUCACCAACAUCAGGCGAAACAGAUGAUUUAGAUCUGUAUACAUAUGCCUUUCAGACAUGUUCGUACACAAUAGAGGCUGUAGAAAUGUAUAUAAGAGCACUAGAUAAGCCAUUAACUGAAAUGUCUGUACGUUAUGAGAAGUGUAUUACAGGAUUAAUUAGAUUGUGUGGAUAUUAUGGUCGAAUGAAUUUUGAAAUAUUAAAAGAAAAGGAAUCACCAUCACUUACACUCUCUUACUAUUCUCUACUAAUUUGUGCACGAGAUCUAUAUAAUACACUUUUUGGUAAGAAUCCAGACGAGUCGAUUCUUCAUUGGAAUAUAUUUGAUAUGAUGGUAUCGUUAUUGUUUAUCACUAGACCAGUUCUAUUUCCACAAAACACACAAUAUUUAAUAUCGAGAGGAGAUACACUCGAUUAUUCAAUCUUUAAUGCAAUGUUUGGUGUAAAUUUGUUAAAGAUUUUGUUGACUGUUAAUCUAAAUGAUGUUCAGGAGAUGGAUUAUGAAGAUGAAGAGAGUUCACAGGGAACAAGCAAUGAAGAAUUAACAAUCGAGGAUCGUAAUAUGCUCUCAAUUUAUGAGAAAUACAAUAUUUAUUUCAAGGAUGAAGAAUUGAGUGAAGAAAAUUUGAUGAAAAUCAAGAAACAGCUGGUUGAAGCAUUAAAGGACCAAAGUAGAACCUUCUUACGGUGCUCAUGUAUACUCUUUCAUUAUUUGACUGAAGUUCCAUUGCCAGAUGAAAUGAAUAUACUUGAAGGCGAUACAUUUGAAAUUUUGGCAGACUACUUGAAUGUAAAAAAAAAUCUUACGACAUACUUUAGUGAGUCGAGCAUGCUUAAUUUCCUUCAACAAUGUGCACAACACAAUGCAGUAACAAAUUAUCGUAAUAAAUUAAAAGCUGGUCAGAGUAAAGAUCUUCGAGUAAUUCGUGGUGUUAAUCCCAAAGUUCGUCAACUGGUCCCGCUUCCAGAUGAUUAUAGUGAUUUAAUUAAUUCAGUUUCAUUAUUCACUUGUCGCAAUAAUGAACGAGAAGAUUCAAGGAAUCCAACGAUGUGUCUUGUAUGUGGAGAAGUUUUAUGCUCACAAACGUACUGUUGUCAACGAGAAAUCAAUAAAGCUGCCGUCGGUGCAUGCAAUUAUCAUGCUGAAACUUGUGGAACUGGAGCAGGAAUUUAUUUGAGGAUUAGAGACGCUGAAAUUCUAUUUUUAGGUCAAAAUACUGGAUGUUUCUUAUCAGCACCAUACCUAGAUGAUUAUAAUGAGACAGAUCAAGGCUUACGUCGCGGUAAUCCACUUCAUUUAUGUCACGAUAGCUACAAGAAGUUGCAACAAUUAUGGCUUAGUCACAGCAUUCAUGAAGAGAUUGCACGAAAAACCGAGUCACAAGCACAAAUUUUCCAGAUCCAAUGGAAUCAUUUGUAGAUUCUAGUUUAUAGAAGUUCUUUCUCGAUUCUGAAAUAUAAAAAUAAUAAAAAUAAUCAAGUUUUACAAUAGUGCGUUAUAUUUUUUCGUCUUUAGUUCCGAUUUCUAUGAAACUUGUUAUCAGCAUGAAUGAGGAGUUUCACACUCGCUCGCAUGACAGAUGUUUACUAAUAGAAACUAUGCGAAUUUGAUGGAGUAUAGACUUAAUUUUUAGUCGUUAAAUUAUUUCUUCAAUAAAAAUUAUCUAACUUGAAUUAUUGUCAAAUCUAAAAUUAAUCCAAAAUAUACAAAAAUAAACUUUUGAA